AUAAACUAUGUGUGUGAUGAUAUAUAGGUAAAAUAUACGAACAGUGAAACUAAAGAAUGCAGUGGUUUUAUAUAAUAUUGUCGGCCGUUGUGACCUUCCUAGUAUUUCUUGCUCUUUUUGGAAUUUGUAUUUGGAUAUGGAGAUGUCGCAAGGACAAACAAAUGUACCAACACGAAUUAGAGUUAAAAAGAAAAGAGAACGUGUUUCAACAAAAACUUAAGAUGGUACAUGCUGAUUCAGAUCACGAUAUAUCUGGUUCCGCAGUAACAAUGUCGCAGGAACCAAAUAUGGGAUUUGAUACACCAGAUUUUUCGACUGCUGAGAUUCCUAAACAUUCUGGAAUUUAUCAAUACUAUGCUCCAUUAUCUUACACACCAACAGAUUAUGAUGAUAGGCCAGUGAGAGAUUUUAACAAGGAUUUCCCCACAUACAAAGACAAUAUAACAAUUGAAAAUAAACAUUAUAACGAAACUGCUCUUAAAUCAUCUCGAAGGGAUAACGUAAAUUUACAUCAAGAAUCAGUGAAUGGUAAUGUUGAUGAACGGUACAGUUAUUAUGAAUUUGUAUCAACGUCAGGUGACGUUGAUCACACAGAGGAUAAUACGAAAGUUUAUGCACAAUCUUAUUCGGAAAUUGAACGAUAUAAAUAUGUAGCUCCGCAAAAUAGAAUUAUAAAUAUAAGUGAAGAUGCUCCCCCUAUCCCCACUAGGAGAUAUCAACAGUCUAAGAAGAGUCCACCACAAAAUAAUUAUCAUCAAUUACCAUGGUUGGCCAAUCCUGUUACGAAUGAUGGAGGAGCUUUCAGAUAGUGUUACAUCAAUCCUUUUCAAUUAUUUUACAGCCAAAACUGUAAAAAUUAUCUCAAUAUUUCAACAUGUAGUUGAAAUUAGUUAACAAUUUUUCAAAGAUAAAAUUAAAAGAAGAAUUAAUUUUAUUCUGGUGAAAUUAAUUAUAAAUUAAUAUAUUAAUA